AUGCAUGUGUGUAUUCAUAUGAUAACCAUGGUGAUACAUGGAUGGAAUUAUGAUGUGUUCCUCAGUUUUAGAGGUGAAGAUACAAGGACAAGUUUCACAGGCUCUCUCUAUCAUGGCUUACACCAAAAGGGUAUCAAUGUUUUCAUUGAUGAUGAGAAGCUUAGAAGAGGAGAACAAAUAUCUCCAUCUCUUAUUACAGCCAUUGAAGAAUCUAGGAUUUCAAUCAUUGUGUUUUCUGAAAACUAUGCUUCCUCAACUUGGUGUCUUGAUGAGCUUGCCAUGAUUCUUGAGUGUUGGAAAACAAAGGGACAAUUGGUUUUUCCAGUUUUCUACUAUGUUGACCCUUCUUGGAUUAGGCAUCAAAGAGGAAGCUUUGGAGUUGCAAUGGCUAAACAUGAAGUCUCAUUCAAGGGUGAUGUUCAAAGGUUGAACAAGUGGAAAAAAGCAUUGUUUGAUGCAGCCAAUUUAUCGGGUUGGAGCUUAAAAAAUGGCCAGGGGUAUGAAUAUGAGCUUAUCCUAAGGAUCAUUGAUGAGGUUUGUAGCAAAUUAAAUAACACUCUUUUGCAUAUUUCUGAGCAUCCGGUUGGACUAGAAACUCGCAUAUCCGAAGUAAAAUCACUUUUGCAAUUUGAAAAGCCUGUUGAAGAAGUUUGUUUCUUUGGAAUUCAUGGACAUGGAGGCAUAGGAAAAACAACAAUUGCAAGAGCAUUAUACAACUCAAUUGCGAAUGAAUUUGAAGUGACAAGUUUCCUUACUGAUAUAAGAGAAAGCUCAACUCAAAGACAAGGCCUAGUUCAACUUCAAGAAACACUUCUGUAUGAAACAGUUGGUGAAAAGAACAUUAAGCUAGGAAAUGUUUAUAAAGGAAUUCCAAUUAUAAAGAAGAGAUUAUGUUGCAAAAAAGUACUUUUGAUUCUGGAUGAUGUUGACAAAUUGGAACAGCUUCAAGCAUUAGCAGGAGGCCGCGAUUGGUUCGGUUUCGGAAGUGUAAUAAUCAUAACAACAAGAGAUAAACAGUUGUUAGCUUCUCAUCUAGUUGAUAAAACAUAUGAAGUGAAGAAAUUGAAUCAUGAAGAAGCUUUUGAACUCUUUACAUGGAAUGCAUUCAAAAGAAAAGCAAGUGAUAAGGAGUAUAUGGAGAUUUCCAACAAUGUUGUGCUUUAUGCUGAAGGACUUCCAUUGGCUUUGAAAGUAAUGGGAUCUAAUUUGUUUGGUAAAACAGUUGAGGAAUGGAAAUCUGCAUUGGCUAAAUAUGAAAAGAUUCCUAAUAAAGAAGUUCAAAAUGUACUUAGAGUAACUUUUGAUAACUUAGAAGAGAAUGAAAAGGAGAUUUUCUUGGAUAUAGCUUGUUUCUUCAAGGGUGAGACUGUUGAAUAUGUCGAAAAAACACUUCAAGCUUGUGGUUUCUUCCCAAAAUUUGGUAUCAGUGUACUUACUGAUAGAUCUCUUGUAAGUAUUGAUGAAUAUAACCGAUUGAGAAUGCAUGAUUUGAUUCAAGACAUGGGCAGGGAAGUAGUUAGAGAAGUUUCGCCGUUAGAGCCUGGAAAACGGAGUAGGUUAUGGAAUCAUGAGGAUGUUAUUGAAGUACUAACCGAAAGUUCGGGGACUUACAGAAUUCAAGGCAUGAUGGUAGAUCUCCCUGAUCAAUAUAUGGUACAUUUGAAAGAUGAUUCCUUCAAAAAGAUGAAAAACCUCAAAAUUCUUAUAGUUAGAAAUGGACAGUUUUAUGGAAGCCCUCAACAUCUUCCAAACAAUUUAAGGAUGCUUGAUUGGAUGGAAUAUCCUUCAUCGUCUUUGCCACCGACUUUUCAGCCAAAGAAACUUGUUGCACUCAACUUGUCGCGCAGUCGCUUUACAUUGCAAGAACCAUUCAAGCAUUUCGAUUCAUUGACUUCUAUGGAUUUGAGUCACUGUGAAUUCUUAACGAAGCUACCAGACGUUUCAAGUGUACCAAAUUUAACGGAACUAAAUCUUGACUAUUGUACAAAUCUAGAAAAAAUUGAUGACUCUCUUGGAUUUCUUGAGAACCUUACCGAGUUAAGGGCUUAUGGAUGCACAAAACUUAAAGAUUUUCCACAAGCUAUCAAAUUGACAUCAUUGAAAACUCUAAUUCUUAAUUGGUGCUCAAGUCUUCAAACUUUUCCAACAAUUUUGGCGAAAAUGGAAAAUCUCAUAUCUAUUUCAAUUGAAGGAACUGGUAUUGAAGAAUUGCCUCCUUCCAUUGGAAACCUUGUUGCUCUUGAAGAAUUAAGCAUGACCUCUUGCUUGCGUCUCAAGGAACUUCCUGAAAACAUUGAUAUGUUGCAGAAUCUUAGAAACCUUGAUAUCGAAGGUUGUCCGCAAUUGAGAAGCUUCUUGACGAAAUUGAGAGAAUUAGGAAAAUCUACUCUUACAUUUGGUAAUGUUCAAUCAUUGAAUCUAGAAAACUGUGGUCUUAUCGAUGAAGAUCUUCCCAUAGUUUUCAAAUGUUUCCCAAAUUUGUCAUCAUUAGUCCUUUCGGGAAAUAAUUUUCUUACUCUUCCAAGAUGCAUACAAGAAUAUGAUUCGUUGCAAAUGCUUCACUUAGACGACUGCAAAGAACUCCGAGAAAUUCCAUGCAUUCCUCCCAAUUCGCGAUAUAUUAAUGCAAGAAACUGCAAAUCAUUGACUGCAGAGUCAUCAAACUUGUUACUAAGUCAGGAAACUUUCGAGGCAUGUGAGUUACAAAUUAUGGUUCCGGGAGCAAGAAUUCCAGAAUGGUUUGAUCACAUCCGCGAAGGAGAAUAUAUGACCUUUUUGGUGCAUGAAAAGUUUCCACCAAUCAUUUUAUGUUUUGCUCUUGCAAUAGAGAGUGAAAUGAAGAAGAGUUUCAGUUGCGAAAUCCGAUUUUAUAUAAAUGGUGAAGAAGUUUAUGAAUUGGAAAUACCAAGAAGUUUUUCAGAAAUGGUGACUGAUCAUGUAUGGCUGUUUGAUUUGAGGACUCAUCCAUCAUUCGAGUUUCACGAUCUUGAGUCGUAUCUUGUUGAGGAUUGGAAUCAGAUUGAGAUUUCUUGUGUGAAAAUAAAUGAAUCACCAAAUGUGAAUAUAAGCUGGUGUGGAGUACAUAUAUGUAGACAAGAAGCUAACAUGGAAGAUAUCAUAUUUAAAGAUCCUGAUGUUGAUUUAGAUUCAGAUCAUGAAGCAAAAGAUGAUGAAGACAUGGAAGCAUUUUAUGCUAUUCUUGAUGCAGAGAAUAGUGAUAACAAAGUGGUUUGUGAAUCAUCCAACAGAACAAAGCCAAGUGAAGAAACCAAGAAAGUUUUGAAGACACUUCAUGAUUAUCUCACCAAAGAUUUUUCAGUUCUUUUAAGGCCUAAUGAGUACAACACCAUGAAAUCCACCUUAGAUUACCUCACAAAUUUACCUACAGAAGAAAGAAUAUCUGUUGAAAUAAGAUCAUUAGUCAUAGAAGUUUCAAGACAGUUCACUUGUUGGAGUUAUGAUUACACAAAUGAAAGCAAGAAAAUAGAGUCUACAAAAGCAAAAUUGUUAAAAAGGGAUGAAUUAGAAGAGGGUCUUGAAGCUAACAAAAGCCUUUUUAGAGAAGUUAAGUGUUUGGAAAAUGAGUUGUUCAAUGAGUUGGAAUAUUUGGAGGAAAGGAAGAAAGAGCUAGAAGAACUAAUAAAUGGUGUUAGAGCUAAUAUAACUGCUUCACAAGAAGCCAAGAACAUGGUUGCUCAUACCAAGAGAGAAAUCUUUGAGAAAGCAAAGAUUCUAAAAGUUCAAAGAGAUGAAUUAAAGGAACAAGUGCAUUGUUUGAGAGAUGAGCAUGAAUUGGCUAAGAAAUCUCAAGCAAAUAUAAGAGAUGAAUGGUUAAAGCUAGGUGAAAAGUUUAAUAACACUAUAAAGAAUGAAAAAUAA